CCCUCGCGCGGCGCGGCCUUGCGGGGUGCGUGCGGCGCGGGCGCCUCGGCGGCUCCAGAAGAUUCCCGGGGGCGACGGGCGGCAUGGAGGAGGAGGCGGGAGCGGCAUCGGGAGCGGCGCCGCCGCGGUUCUCGGACGCGGACGUCGACCGGGACCCGGGGGCGGCGGCGCAGGAACUGACAACAGCUUUGGGAAAGAAUCCAGAUGAUGCCGAAUAUUAUUGUCAACGAGCUUAUGCUCAUAUUCUUCUAAACAAAUAUGCAGAUGCAGUUGCGGAUGCAAAGAAGUCUCUAGAACUCAACCCAAAUAAUGCUGUAGCACUUCUUAGAAAAGGGUUAGGUGAAUAUCAUAUCAAAAAUUAUGCAUCUGCUUUAGAGUCUUUCAGAGAGGGACAGAGGUUGGACAAUGUAGAUGAUGCCUUUACUAUUUGGAUUAAAAGAUGUGAAGAAACACUGAAUGCAUCACAGACAGAUUUGAAUAUACAGCAGCAGCCUCUGCCACCAAAGAUCAAAUAUGACUGGUACCAAACAGAAUCUCAAGUAAUUGUGACCAUAAUGAUCAAGAAUGCACAGAAGGAUGAUGUCAGUGUGCAGUUUUUGGAGAAAAAGAUGAAUGCAUCAGUGAGACUUCCAUCAGGUGAAGACUUCAACUUAAAGCUUGAUCUUCUUCAUUCUAUAGUGCCAGAGCAAAGUACGUUUAAAGUGCUUUCAACAAAGGUUGAGAUAAAAAUGAAGAAGCCAGAGGCUGUAAGAUGGGAGAAGCUGGAGGGCCAGGGAGAUUCUCCUAUGUUAAAACAAUUUACACCAGAUACCCAGCACUUAUACCCAUCAUCCUCUCAUUAUACAAGGAACUGGGACAAACUGGUAGUUGAAAUCAAAGAAGAGGAGAAAAAUGAGAAGUUAGAAGGAGAUGCUGCUUUAAAUAAACUCUUCCAGCAAAUCUAUUCAGAUGGUACCGAUGAAGUAAAACGUGCCAUGAACAAAUCAUUCAUGGAGUCUGGUGGCACAGUUCUGAGCACCAACUGGUCUGAUGUUGGUAAAAGGAAGGUAGAAGUAAAUCCUCCUGAUGACGUGGAAUGGAAAAAAUUCUAACCCUAUUUCUGAUCUUUACCAUCUAUGUGUUGCCAUAGUCAUGUACUGACCACUAUGUAUGGACAUAGCAUUCUUGGAUUCAAAGCACUGAAUAUUCCCUUGAAAACAGGAAUUGUCUUUACAUUUUGCGUGCUUUAGCAAUUCCUUCAUCUGCAGAUGUUAAAGAUAUACUCAAGAGUGGAAUCCUAUUUUAUCAUCUCCGACUAAUUUCUGGGAAUUGAGUCCAUCAGUCCAAAUUUUCUACCACCUUUAUCAGCUCUGCUCUUUGGGAUAGGGUGAUCUCUAAUGGCUGGUCAGGAUUAUUGCCUUACAGCUGGUAUUUCUGUUCAAUAACUUAUUACAUCUUGGCAGUUUUGGGUAAAAACACUUUUCACAAGAGUGUUAAAAUUGUUUGCUCCUUAACUCUGCUAAAUAAAACUGUAAAUACAAA